GAAUUCAUUGCCAACGUCGCGUCGCGUCGCGUUAAUGUGCAGGAGGGCAACCACCAGCUACCCCUCUCUCUUACUGCUUCGAACUUGUCUCUCCAUAUUCCUUCCCGCACGCCCACAUAGAAACAGAAGUUCACACACGAACAAUACUACUACUACUAUAAAUACAGGAGAAUGUUUUGCCGCAUGUUUUUCAUUUUAAUUUAGUGCACGAUUUGUUGCAUCGUAGCCAACUAGCAACGACAACCCAGCUAGUGAUUCGGUUGCCGCCAUGGCUUAUUUGCUCAAGAGCAGGAGUAAACCAGUGCAGCAGCUGCUGGUACCCGCGUCUUCAGAAGAACAGCAGAGAAGGGUAAAUGAGGUCCGGGAGCUCCUUGGCGAUCUGCCGACAGAGAUGCCGAACUUCCUUUCUGAUGCCACUAUCCGCCGGUUCCUCCGAGCAAGAAACUGGAGUACGAUGAAAGCUACCAAGAGCCUCAAAGAAGCUACCAGUUGGCGACGUCAGUACAAGCCAGAGAAAAUUCGUUGGGAAAGCAUUGCCGACAGUGAGAAUGAGGCUAGGAGAGCCUACAUACCUGACUACCUUGACAAGAAAGGAAGAAUGGUCUUCGUAACACUUCCAACAAUAAAGUCCAAAUCUUCAGAGAAGGAUCAUCUAAAGUAUCUAGUGUACAACUUGGAAAACCUGCUCAUCGAUUGUGCAGAUGCAGAAGAGGAUAACGUUGUUUGGAUCUCGGAUUUCAAAGGCUGGUCAAUAUCAAGCACACCAUUUUCGUUGACCCGACAAUCGCUGCACAUAAUUCAACAAUAUUAUCCAGGAUUGAUAGCAGUUGGUAUUCUAACCAACGCUCCCAAAAUUUUUGAAUCCUUUUGGAAGAUAAUGAAACAUUUCCUCGAGCCAAAAAUGGACGAAAAAGUGAAAUUUGUGUACAACGACAGUUCGGAGAGCCAGAAGAUACUGGGCGACAUGUUCGACCUGGACGAGCUGGAGCAUAUAUUUGGAGGAAGAAACACGGCCGACUUUGACAUCAAUGUGUAUGCAGAGAGAAUGAAACGGCGAGAUCGGAUACGGGGAGCUUCGACAGAGGAUAAUGGCGAGGCCACCUCUUCCCGAUGUUGGACGAAGACCACGAGAAACUCCAGUUCUGUUUGAAGAGCGCAGUACCACUAAUCUGGACGAAGGUUGAAACUUUAGUGUUAUCCUAUAUACUGUAUAUGCUCUGAGCCACGCGAGCGCGGUUAUAUGAUAAAACUGCUUAGCAUUUAUAGUUAUGAACACAAAGAGUGUUAACUUUAAGGAUCUGCGACUCGACUCCUAAAAGAAUGUAAAGGCUAGUUCGGAAGUUUGAGAAAUAAACCUAGGGUUCG